CUUCCUCCCCCUCAGUCCAGCUUCCGCAGCAGCCUCAACCGCUUCCGUUUCUGCCUCCAUCUUAGCCCCCGCCGGUGCCCAUGUCUCAACCAACUGCCGUCCACUCCACUUCGGUGAGUCUUUUCCUGUGAAAAAGCUAAUGAUGGAAGGGCUUGGGGAACAGGGUGCAGCCGGUGAAGAAGGCCCAUUAAUCGGCGCGGUGGCAGCCGAAUCCUCUCCACAGGCCUUGAUGGGGUACUCCUUAGAUGAGGACUUUACUGAGAGCCUGCCUCUGGCAGUUAAGUACCGAGUGUACGCUCUCAAAAAGCUUCAGGCCAAAUCCGGAGGCCUAGAAGCCAAGUACCUGAGGGAAUUUCUUUCCAUCGAGAGGAAAUUUGCCGGCAUCUAUUGGCCCUUAUUGGAAAAGAGACGCCAGAUCAUCAAUGCGCUCUACGAGCCCACGAAAGAGGAGUGUGAGAUGAAGUCCAAGGCCGAGGACUAUGAUUAUAAUGAGGUGGAAGAUUAUUCUAAUGCUCAGAUGCAGGGUCCGGAGGAGAAUCCGGAGUAUGAGGACUUGGAGGAGUACUUCGAGGAAGAUUUCGAGGAUGUGGAGGAGGUGUUUGGGGAGUAUGGAGGAAUCGAGGGACAUAAUGUGGACGAAGAGAAAGAGGAGCCUACAGGGAUCCCCGAUUUCUGGCUCACAGUUUUAAAGAACGUCGAGGAGAUCUCUCCAUUGAUUCAGAAAUAUGACGAGCCCAUUCUGAAGCUCUUGCGAGACGUGAAAGUCAAGUUUUCAAAACCCGACGAGCCGCUCGCCUUCACUCUGGAAUUUCACUUUGAACCCAACGACUACUUCACAAAUGAGGUGCUGACCAAAACUUAUACGCUCAAGUCUAAGCUGCAUUACUCUGACCCCCACCCCUUUAGGGGAUCUGCGGUGGAGCAUUGCAUAGGCUGCAAGAUAGACUGGAAGGAGGGAAGGAACGUCACUGUGCAAAUGGUCCUGAAGAAGCAGAGGCACAGGUUUUGGGGACUGAUGCGCACAGUGACCCAGGAAUUUCCCCAAGAGUCCUUCUUCAACUUCUUCAGUGCUCUCCGGUGGGGUCUGGAUGCCGAUGAAGAUGAGGAAGACGUCUUCAUUGCUCACACUUUGCGCACCUUUGUCAUCCCUAGAGCUGUGCUGUACUUCACAGGAGAAGCACUUGAGACCGAGCAAGAGGGGGUGAUCAGGGAAUGUAAUGAGCUGGCUUAUGACAAAGUCGUUCAUGAGAACGGGUUGGCUGCUGUUGAGGGUGCUAAAGGCCAAAGCCUGGACCCCCAGGCAGAAGAUAUUGAUCGCUGAAGCAGGGAGGUUGGUGUAUGUGGGCCCCCAGGUUAAGAGCCUGCCUGCGUUUACAGUAACCAAAACUCAACCAUAAGUUACUUACAGUCUUAAAGUGUUGUCUCUUCCUGGUACUCUCAGUAUAAAACUAUGUCCAAAUAUAUUUAACAAUGCAUUCCAUCUAGCACUCCAGUAGUGUAAACUUUUUAAGGAAAUGUAGA